UUUAAAAAAGAUUUUUUGUAUAUAAUGCACAUUUAUAGUAAAAAUCUGAAAAUAUUUAAGCCAAAUAUUUCAAAUAUUAUAACCCUUUUAUUUCAUCAUUUUAAAAACACUUUCCCGUCAUAUUAAAGCUUAGCUUUGCUGUCAAUUUCCACAACACACACAGGCUGUUUGGUUGUUAUUAGAAGAUGAUUUGUCAUUCAUUUGUGCCCCCAAAUGCUGGAUUCUUCCCGUGGGACACUGCUGAACACCGGGGCAGCACAGUCGUCGAGGACAUUCAUGGAAUUUCUCCCCACCAUUUAUUUCCCGCGACCUGAAUUGCCGCCUGCGUGAGUCCUGCAGGUAGUCAACCCUUACCUUUCACUGCUCUCCAGAAGGGACUGUUUGUCAGGAGCGUCUCUGACUCAGGUGGUAAAGGCUGUGUUUUUCUCCCUAUUGAUUCGUCCCGGCCGACCCGACACAACAUCAACCCACCGAUCGCUGGUUAUUGAUUUUCUAUUUUCCUUCUUAUUUAAAACAGAUCACUCUCUAUUGUAUCCAUCCACUCCAUUCGGUGGAAUGCUGGUCCCUUAAGAGCAGCCGAAGACGACCUGAGGGUGAGCGAUGCUUCUGCGCUCACCUCACGACGAGGCUCGAUGGAAGACUCUGCCGAAUGUUGACCCAGAAGAGAAAAGUGACAGGAAAGGUGUGAGCUCGACCAAAGUGAACCAGUUGUGGGAGGAUCGGAACGACCAUGGACUAUGAACCCAAGAGACCCAAGAAGGGUUUGGUCUCUCCGAUCAAGCGCCUGGUCUGGUCCAAGUCCAGCCGCCGGCCCGUGGAUCGCGGCAGCGUGUACAGACGUCCUCUCCACACCGUCCCUCUCUACGCUCCCGACUACCUCAUCCACCCAGAGAGACUCAUCUUCGACUACGUGGAGAAGGAGGUCAAGUUCCUGGGUCACCUGACGUGGGUGUCGGUGUCCCUCAACCCCUCCAGUCGGGAUGAGCUGCUGCAGCUGCUGGACACGGCUCGGCAGCUGAAGGUGCUGCCUCUGAAGACCAGCGUGGACCAGGACUGUAUCCUCAGCCUGUCGGCCCGCUGCCUGCUGCUGACCUGGAGAGACAACGAGAAGCUGCUGAUGAGGAUUCCCACGCAUGAGAUCGCUGCUGCCUCCUACCUGCGAGACGAUGCGCUGCACCUGCUGGUCCUCAAGACCGGUCUGAAUGUGGACACGGUGGUCGCCGGGGACGACAGUCUGGACCGGAAGAAGCCCACUGGUGUCGACGGACGACGCCAAACCAUGAGCGGAAACGCUGACCCCCGACCUGCAGGGGGCACCAUGGAGCGAAGGCACACCAUCUGUGGACUGGACUGGAGGCCGUCCCGGUCCAGAAACACCCAUGAGAAGAACCAGGCGAUGGAGAGAGGAGGUGCUGACAGAGGAGGAGGCGGGAGUCUGGAGAGGAAGAGGGCCGGGGGGAGCUGGGAGAGGAGGCAGCAGGCGCGGAAGCCUGGAGGAGGGAGCUGGGAGAACCGCAGGGCCAGGCCCAUGAGUGGCAGCUGGGGGCUCGGUGGAGGGAGCUGGGAGAGGAGAGGGGGAGGAGGUGGGGCCGGCAGCUUGGGGGGCAGCUGGGAGCGCAGGCAGGCCUGCACUGGGAGCUGGGAGAGGGGGAAGAGCUACGGCAGCUGGGAGAGGAGGAACCACAACCCCCUGGAGCCCACGCCGUGUCCAGACGCCUACUGUAACCUGGUCAUCCUGGCCGUGGAGAACAAGGACGCCGCAGAGGAGUACUGCUCUCUGAUCUGUCAGAUGUUCCAGAUCAUUUACGGUCACCAAACCAUCGAGUGUGUGGACCGGGCCGGCUUCCACCACGCCAUGCCCGACCGCUACUGGCUGCAGAGAAGUGACAGCUGUCUGACUGACGUCUCCUACACGUAUGAUCCCGAGUUCUGCAGCUCCUAUGACGGAUCCCAGGACGCCUUCGAGCUCGACUACAGCGAGACGUACAGCGAGAGUUCGUCUCUGUCCCGCCGCAGCCUGACCUCAGCGAGCGAGGCGGGGGACAGCGAGCCCGCCCUGGUGCUGAUGCAGGACUACAUGACCACACUGCGGAACAAACUGAGCCCCGCGGAGUUGCAGCAGUUCGCCGUCUUGCUGAGGGAAUACAGGCUGGGCUCGCACAUCGAGCGCUUCUGCUCCCAGCUGCUCCAUCUGUACGGCGACAGCCGCAAGUUCCUGCUCAUGGGCAUGCGUCCCUUCAUCCCCGACAAGGACAUCGGCGUGUUCGAGAGCUUCCUGGAGAGCAUUGGCAUUCGUGAGGGAGGAAUACUGACGGACAGUUUCGGCCGCAUCAAGCGCAGCAUGAGCAGCACGUCGGCCACCGCCAUGAGAGGAUAUGACCAUUGCUCCCUGAAUUCUGGGUCGCAGGAGUUCAACCGACGCAUCACGGACAUCAGCCACGACAUCGAGGCGCUGGGCUUCCAGGGCCCUCAUGGGGACAUCGAGGAAGAGGACUACUAUCUCUGAGCGUCCUGAGAGGACUUUUCAGGUCAUGCGUCCCACGCAACAUUGACCCGUGGCCCUGGCAGCAUCCCGACCUUCCCAUGAUGCACCGCUCCCCUGCCUCCCAGUCUCUCCCCCUGCCAGCUCCACUAACAUCAGAGAGUGACACAGUGAGCCAGGGGCCUCGCCAGGGUCAGGACGUUACGUAACGACUCGCCUGUUACAGUCCUUGAGCUUGAUAUAAAGCAUGUUUUGCAAACAUUGCACUCAGGUGUGGAGCGACAGGGGGAGUUUGUGUCAUGGCUUUUCAAAGCAUCAACAUAUUGUCCUGCUUUCCUGAGCUACAUCGUGGCAUCCAAGUGCACUAUCACGUCCUGUUGAGUGGUAAACCUCAUCUUAAUUCAUGAAUCUCUCUUCCUCUCCAGUGCACAGUCUCUUCCGUUUACUGGCUCACUAGAGAUGAGCAGUUUAGUGAGCCAGUUUGUAGCAUCUUCUACUGUAUGGAGUGGUGAAUAACAGUCAAAAAAUAGGCUUCAAAAAGUAGAAAUGUGUCAUACAUUUUUCAAGUUCCUGGGGUUCUUAUCCAUGCUUAUCACUUUUAUCCUGACAGUUCAGACAUGGGAUGAGAAAUUGGGAAAGGAUGGAGCUCAGUCAUUCAUGAGACACUCGAACCAGAGCUUGAACCUAGUUUCAAAACAAGCUGAAAAUUGUUGCAUGAGACCGCAGACAGAAUAUCAUCCCCAUCACAGAUUACGUCGUGCAGUAAUCUCUGCAAUUAUCUGCUGGUACUCGCCGUCACGUCAUCCUCUGCUGCCGGGUGACACACACACACACACACACACACACACACACACACACACACACACAGGCUCCUCAUCAUAUCACGCUCUUCAGCACACAAAUGACAAUUGUGUUGUUUGGGUCAGAGAGAUUCCAACUGUGACUGGCAGCUGCCCAGUGUUCCCGACCGCAGAGCGACAGCAAUGACAUAUACCAGGGAUUAACAUGUCCAGAGGGCUAUUUUUAGAGCUUUUGAUUCAGGUUCACGCAGCUCAAACAGGUUUCAUAACCACAACACGACUGGGUGAUGUCUGCGGUUGGUUGACCUCUAGUUUUGCCUCCAACAUUUGGCUUGUUGGAGUCAUUACAAGGCGCCACAGAUGGAGUCACUGAUAGAAGUUUUUAUUUUUAACACAACCAAGCGCACCUGCCAAAUAGCGUUUGAUUCUGAUGGUUUGCCAUGUUUUAGCUGAGAAUAACAGUCCGCUCUCUGACCCUUUUUUAUGGGCUGAAAAAGUUGCACUGUUUCCCAGUGAACUCACAAUAACAACGGCAAGUUCUGAGGAGAACAUGACCUGCUGAAGUGACCCUAAGGUGCCACACAAGACGACAGGUUCCGUCUCCAGCAGGCUUUAUGUCUCCACGUGCUCUGGAUGUGAUGAAAGCAACAAUGGAGCAGUUAUGGUGCGGAUGAUCACAUGAGGGAAUAAGCCAUUAAUCCCUCUGCUGCCUUGUGCUCUAAAGAUGUUCUGGAGACCAAAACAAACACCUCUGCUUCUGACGCUCUGCUUGCUCAUUUUUACUGGCCAGCCAGGGCACCUCACAGUGGGUUUGGAUGAGAGACGGAGAUGCAAAUUCUCAAAAGGGUUGUGGUUUUCCAGGCGGCCCUGCGUGAGAAAGAAAAACAAGUUCCGUUGUGGACUUUCACCUGAAUGGAAUGAGAAAAACAGCAAUCCAACAAAGCAAUUUUGAACUGACACGUUCUCUUUUUAAGGGUUAAACAAACUAAAGCUACUCUAAAGCUGAACUAUUUUAGACAGCAUGCCAACUGCUUUGCUGCAAAUAUUUCUUUUGUACUUUUUAAAUAUUUAUAAAUAGCAUAUUUCAUUUUUUGGCAACUGAAGUGUUUUUUUUUUGUUCUUUUUCUAAUAAUACCAAUAUGUUCUCCAGUUAAAUUGAAAAUAUAUGCAUAUUGA